GGGGGCUUUGUGCGCGGCGGCGGUGGCGGUAGCGGCGGCGGUGGCGGCGGGAGCGGGCGGCGGCCAAGACUGAGGCGGAGGCUAAGGGGGGCUAUCCACGGGUUGCAGCAGAGAGGCGUGUGAAGGAGGAGUCGAGCCCUGAGGACCCUGCUGUCCCGGUCCGCGCUAGCCACAGGCUCUUCUUUGGCAAUAGCGGCUGCGCGCGACCCCUUAUCCUCCACCUCCCCUUCCCUCCCCACCGCCGCAGCUUUCCUUCUCCCGCUCUACACCCGGCCUUGUCCGGCCGUGGCCCUCCUCGAUGCCGGCCGCCAUGGCUGAGGCGUCCGGCGCGGGGGAAAUCUAGCCGAGGCAUUUCAUGCGGCCUAGCCUGAUUCCGUCUCCUCCCCACGCGGCCCCGGCGGUUCCGCGCAACCCGGCCCCGCUUUGGCCCUCCAUGUCUCUCCUGUGAUCGUACAGACACGGCCGGGGGGUUAGAAUGGAACAAACUGAAGGCCCGAUGAGAGAAAGGGAAAAUUAAGGAUGCUGGAGCAGAACAAUGGAUUUCUCUUUCUCUUUCAUGCAAGGGAUCAUGGGAAACACAAUUCAGCAACCACCUCAACUCAUUGACUCCGCUAACAUCCGUCAGGAGGAUGCCUUUGAUAACAACAGUGACAUUGUUGAAGAUGGUGGCCAGACACCGUAUGAAGCUACCUUGCAGCAAGGCUUUCAGUACCCACCUACAACAGAAGAUCUUCCACCACUCACAAAUGGCUAUCCACCAUCAAUCAGCAUGUAUGAAACUCAAACCAAAUACCAGUCAUAUAAUCAGUACCCUAAUGGGUCAGCCAAUGGCUUUGGUGCAGUUAGAAACUUUAGCCCUGCUGACUAUUACCACACAGAAAUCCCAAACACAAGACCACAUGAAAUUCUGGAAAAACCAUCCCCUCCACAGCCACCACCUCCUCCUUCGGUACCACAAACUGUGAUUCCAAAGAAGACUGGCUCACCUGAGAUUAAACUCAAAAUAACCAAAACUAUCCAGAAUGGCAGGGAAUUGUUCGAGUCUUCCCUUUGUGGAGACCUUUUAAAUGAAGUACAGGCAAGUGAGCACACAAAGUCAAAGCAUGAAAGCAGAAAAGAAAAGAGGAAAAAAAGUAACAAGCAUGACUCAUCUAGAUCUGAAGAGCGCAAGUCACACAAAAUCCCCAAAUUAGAACCAGAGGAACAAAAUAGACCAAAUGAGAGGGUUGACAUUGUGUCAGAAAAACCAAGAGAAGAUCCAGUACUAAAAGAGGAAACCCUGGUUCAGCCAAUAUUAUCUUCCAUUCCAACAACAGAUGUGUCCACUGGUGUUAAGUUCCAGGUUGGCGAUCUUGUUUGGUCUAAGGUGGGAACAUAUCCUUGGUGGCCUUGUAUGGUUUCGAGUGAUCCCCAGCUUGAGGUUCAUACCAAAAUUAACACAAGAGGUGCCCGAGAAUACCAUGUCCAGUUUUUUAGCAACCAGCCAGAGAGAGCAUGGGUUCAUGAAAAGCGGGUACGGGAAUAUAAAGGUCAUAAACAGUAUGAAGAAUUACUGGCCGAGGCAACCAAACAAGCCAGCAAUCACUCGGAGAAACAGAAGAUUCGGAAACCCCGACCUCAGAGAGAACGUGCUCAAUGGGAUAUUGGCAUUGCUCAUGCAGAGAAAGCAUUGAAAAUGACUCGAGAAGAAAGAAUAGAACAGUAUACUUUUAUCUAUAUUGAUAAACAGCCUGAAGAGGCUUUAUCACAAGCAAAAAAGCAUGUUGCCUCCAAAGCUGAAGUUAAAAAACCCCGGAGAUCAAGAUCAGUGCUGAACCCUCAGUCAGAACAGACCAAUGCAGGGGAGGUGGCUUCCUCACCAUCAAGUACUGAAAUUCGGAGACAUAGCCAGAGGCGGCACACAAGUGUGGAAGAGGAAGAACCGCCUCCUGUUAAAAUAGCUUGGAAAACAGCGGCAGCAAGGAAAUCCUUACCAGCUUCUAUUACAAUGCACAAAGGGAGCCUGGAUCUGCAGAAAUGUAACAUGUCUCCGGUUGUGAAAAUUGAACAAGUGUUUGCUCUUCAGAAUGCAACAGGAGAUGGGAAAUUUAUCGAUCAAUUUGUUUAUUCAACAAAGGGAAUUGGUAACAAAACGGAAAUAAGUGUCAGGGGACAAGACAGGCUUAUAAUUUCUACUCCACAUCAAAGAAAUGAAAAGGCAACUCAGAAUAUAUCAUCUCCUGAAGGAACAUCUGGCCCUACAGGUUCAGUAGAAAAGAAGCAACAGAGAAGAUCAAUUAGAACUCGUUCUGAAUCAGAGAAAUCCACUGAGGUUGUGCCAAAGAAGAAGAUCAAAAAGGAGCAGGUUGAAACAGUUCCUCAGGCGACAGUGAAGACUGGAUUACAGAAAGGUGCCAGCGAGAUUUCAGAUUCCUGUAAACCUCUAAAGAAAAGGAGUCGCGCUUCAACUGAUGUAGAAAUGACUAGUUCAGCGUACAGAGACACAUCUGACUCCGAUUCUAGAGGACUGAGUGAUCUGCAGGUAAGCUUUGGAAAGCAAGUAGAUAGCCCUUCAGCUACUGCAGAUGCAGACGCUUCUGAUGUGCAGUCCGUGGAUUCAAGUUUGUCAAGAAGAGGCAUUGGAAUGAGUAAGAAGGACACUGUUUGUCAGAUCUGUGAAAGCUCUGGUGACUCUCUGAUUGCUUGUGAGGGAGAGUGCUGCAAACACUUUCAUCUGGAGUGCCUGGGACUGACAUCAGCCCCUGAUGGAAAAUUCAUCUGCAUGGAAUGUAAAACUGGGCAGCACCCAUGUUUUUCAUGUAAAGUAUCUGGUACAGAUGUGAAGCGUUGUUCUGUUGGUGCUUGUGGGAAAUUUUAUCAUGAAACCUGUGUCCGCAAAUUCCCCACUGCCAUCUUUGAAUCAAAGGGAUUUCGCUGUCCCCAGCACUGCUGCUCUUCCUGCUCCAUGGAGAAAGAUAUCCACAAAGCAAGUAAAGGUCGCAUGAUGAGAUGUUUAAGAUGUCCAGUAGCCUAUCACUCAGGAGAUGCUUGCAUUGCUGCUGGAAGCAUAUUUGUGUCCUCCUACAUUCUCAUCUGUAGUAAUCAUUCCAAACGGAGCAAUAAUUCUUCCUCUGCUGUAAAUGUAGGCUUUUGUUUCGUUUGUGCAAGAGGGCUGAUAGUUCAGGACCAUUCAGACCCCAUGUUCAGUUCAUAUGCCUAUAAGUCCCACUACCUACUGAAUGAAUCAAAUCGUGCUGAGUUGAUGAAAUUACCUAUGAUUCCUUCUUCGUCAGCUUCCAAAAAGAAAUGUGAGAAAGGUGGAAGAUUGCUAUGCUGUGAAUCGUGCCCAGCUUCCUUCCACCCGGAGUGCCUGAGCAUAGACAUGCCAGAAGGCUGCUGGAAUUGUAAUGACUGUAAAGCUGGCAAGAAGCUACAUUACAAGCAGAUUGUUUGGGUCAAAUUGGGAAAUUACAGGUGGUGGCCAGCAGAAAUCUGCAACCCCAGGUCUGUGCCACUGAACAUCCAGGGCCUUAAACAUGACUUGGGGGAUUUCCCUGUGUUCUUCUUUGGUUCUCAUGACUACUAUUGGGUACACCAAGGCAGAGUGUUCCCUUAUGUUGAAGGAGACAAAAGCUUUGCUGAGGGACAGACUAGUAUUAAUAAGACAUUCAAAAAAGCACUGGAAGAAGCUGCAAAACGUUUCCAGGAAUUGAAAGCACAAAGAGAAAGUAAAGAAGCACUAGAGAUUGAAAAGAAUUCAAGAAAACCUCCUCCUUACAAACACAUCAAAGCUAACAAAGUCAUAGGAAAGGUACAGAUCCAGGUUGCUGACCUAUCAGAGAUUCCCCGCUGCAACUGCAAACCAGCUGAUGAAAACCCUUGUGGCUUGGAAUCUGAGUGCCUGAACAGAAUGCUGCAGUAUGAGUGCCACCCACAGGUGUGCCCCGCUGGAGAUCGUUGCCAGAACCAGUGCUUUACAAAAAGGCUCUACCCCGAUGCAGAAAUCAUCAAAACAGAACGAAGAGGCUGGGGCCUCAGGACCAAAAGGAGCAUUAAGAAGGGUGAAUUUGUAAAUGAAUAUGUUGGUGAAUUAAUUGAUGAAGAAGAAUGCAGACUUCGAAUCAAGCGAGCCCACGAAAACAGUGUAACUAAUUUUUAUAUGUUAACUGUUACUAAGGACCGUAUAAUUGAUGCUGGCCCAAAAGGAAAUUAUUCCCGCUUUAUGAACCACAGUUGCAAUCCAAACUGUGAGACACAAAAGUGGACAGUGAAUGGAGACGUUAGAGUUGGACUUUUUGCUCUUUGUGAUAUCCCUGCAGGAAUGGAGUUAACAUUUAAUUAUAAUCUGGAUUGCCUGGGCAAUGGGAGAACAGAGUGUCACUGUGGGGCGGAUAACUGCAGUGGUUUCCUAGGAGUGCGGCCAAAGUCGGCAUGUGCGUCAACAACUGAAGAGAAGGCAAAAAAUGCUAAGUUAAAGCAGAAGAGACGAAAAAUCAGAGCAGAACCAAAGCAGAUGCAUGAAGAUUACUGUUUCCACUGUGGAGAUGGUGGAGAGCUGGUCAUGUGUGACAAAAAAGACUGUCCCAAAGCAUACCACCUGCUAUGCCUUAACCUGACUCAGCCCCCAUAUGGAAAGUGGGAGUGCCCAUGGCAUCAGUGUGAUGAGUGCAGCAGCUCAGCGGUUUCGUUCUGUGAAUUCUGCCCACAUUCAUUUUGUAAAGAUCAUGAGAAAGGGGCUCUGGUUCCCUCUGCACUGGAAGGCCGUCUCUGCUGCUCUGAACACGACCCCAUCUCUCCUGUGUCACCAGAAUACUGGAGCAAGAUCAAGUGUAAAUUGGAAUCACGUGAUCAUGGAGAAGAAGUAAAAGAAUAAAUGGGUGGUGAUUUCCUUUUCUUUUUCCCUUUUUCUUUUUGUUUAAAUGGAGUGAAAGGAAAAAGCAGAUCAUGCCAUUGAAAAAGAAGAGACCACUACAGUGCAGACAGUGUUUGCCAUCAAACUGCCUUGUUAGGGUGAAGAUGGGAAAACCAGUUCACGCAGGCAGAUGCGGUCGGUGGUGUCUGGUUUGUUUUGUUUGGUUUUGUUGGUUUGGGGAUCCUUUUGUGGAGGGAUAAAUUCACUUUGUCUUUUUCUUGCCCUUUAACGUGUGCUUCAAUGCCUUUGCAGCUAGAAAAAGAUGUCUUCACGUUUAAAAUAAGAAUGAAGAGAAAAGAAAGUUUUCUUAAUGAGUUCAAUUUAAAGUCUAAGAUACGUUCCUUGGGUGUAUAAAACUAAAGUAGCCAUCAUUCUAUUUAUUUUCAUUUUUAGGAAUUUUGAGAAGUGUAGUUCAAAUUCAUAUAGUCUUAUCAGUGGAUGAGUGUGUUAGGUAGGGUUGGAGAAAGCCCUGUAGAAAAGGGUAUGAUGAUCUUUAUAUACCUCUUUGCUGAGCAGUAGGUAGGCUAACUUCUUUUUCCCUUCAAAAUGUUUUCAAAGUCUUAGAGGAGAGCUCUAUGGAAGUAUUGAGUGUGACU